AACGAGUGGCGUCAUACCGUCCUCAUGGACUUGACGGAAGCUUUCGCGCCGGGAGGCGGCGGCGAGGAUCUGCCGAAGACGGACUUCUUCGAUUUCGUGGUGUCACCGCCGCCACACUGCGCCUCGGCCGACGGUGUCGUCUCCGACGAGGAGAGCUUCCUACAUCGCGGCACCGCCGGCUGCCGCGCCAUGGGCGGUUACCUUCAGACCCACGAGGAUCACGAGAGCUCGCACGGCGGCUCGCCCUUCAUCAAGGAAACCAACAACAACACGUUGACGGCGCUACCGCCCGUCUCGACUAUCACCGGCUCAUUGAGUCAUCAUCAUCAGCAUCAUCAUCACGCGCAUCAUCAUGUGCGCGCCCAGCACGGCGUUCAACCGACUGGUGGCGAGACCACUGCUAUGGAUCAAUCAGAAUGCGAUUACUGGGGCCAGGAGGACGACGGCAAGGAGCAAACGUGCAACAUCCUGUUGGAGGAUCUCAACAAGUACUGCUGGUCCUCGAGCGCGCACACCAAUGAUGGCGUCAUUCAUUCGGCGACCGGUGUUCCCAACGAUCAUCAUCAGACCGUAGGUUCGGGCCGCGCGGGCUGCACCGUCAACGACCGACAGAAUACGGACGGUGCCAUUUAUACGUUGACGGUGUUGAACAACGAGGCAAAUUCCAUGGAUGCGUUGGAUUGUUGCAAGAGCCCGGCGCCCGCGUCCGGAGAUUCCUGGUCCCUGCGACCGAAUCUUGACCUCGACGCCAUUCUGAGCAUGGAACCGUCCUCCGGCGAGCAAGACCACGAACAGCAGACCAGUGGUGAUGUGUCCAGGAGCGUCAACGAUAGGUUUCACGGGCCGGAUGGCCGCGGCUUCACCGUGCCGUCGUCGCAAUAUGCCACCGACGAUAGCGGCUUCGUCGAGAGCAAAGAGCUGUGCGUGCGUGCAUCCUCGGCCAACUGUUCCGGCGACAACAACAACGACUGGAAGCUAUCGGACCAGAAUCUCCAGGAGGUCGCGGCUGCGGCUGCCGCCGCAGUCGCCGUAGGAGCCGGGGAUUCCGCCGAGAGUCUUCUGAGAAGUGCUCUUCAGGGUAAACUGUAUACUGGACCGGCUCAAUCGGUCUCCUCGUCGUCAUCGUCCUCGCAAGCAUCCGCCAUAUCGAUGCCAGUUUCCGCAAGCACGGCUCUCAUGGUCUCCGAUCAACAGCAACAACAACAGCAGCAACAGCAGGAGGACUCUAUGCAGGCGUGCACCGACGAGGAUCUGUUACUCUCGCAGCUGGACCAGACGACCUACCGACCGGGCGACUACGAGAAGCUGAAAAGCAUCGCGAACGAAGUAGUGGAGUCGUAUUGCAGUCUCGAGCCGGUCUGCAACGUGUCGGCGACCACUACGGUGAUGUACACGCUGGACCCGGCGAGCGGGAGUCUAGGUACCAUCACGUUACCGGCCGAUCUUGGCCAGGUGAGCACCGUGACGGUCGUCACGGCCGCUCAGCAAGACGUUUUACAACAACAACAACAACAACAACCCGCUCAACGAACCGACGUGGACCAACAGCAGCAGACGCAGCAGUCGAGUCAGCUGCAGUUGCCUUCCGCCCGAGUGGGCGUCAGUAGCAAGCCGCCCAAGAAAUACGUUAGACGCGCCAAUCGCAACAAUGCCAACGGCGCCAGCAAUGGCGGUGCUGGCUCGGAUACCGGUAGCAAUGCAAAUCAGCAACAGUCUAGCGGUUCCGGCGGCUCGCCCGGUAGCGUACAGCGCAAGGAGCGCUCCUUGCAUUACUGCAGCAUCUGCAGCAAGGGCUUCAAAGACAAGUACAGCGUAAACGUGCACAUCCGGACGCACACCGGCGAGAAGCCGUUUGCCUGCUCGCUCUGCGGCAAGAGCUUCCGCCAGAAGGCCCACCUGGCCAAACACUAUCAGACCCACGUGAGCCAGAAACCCGCUGGCAUCCAGCAGACUACUUCCGGAAGCGGCACCGGCGGCGGGAACAACGGUAACACUAGCCCGACGGCAGAGACCAACGCGACCCCCUCCUCCGCAACCCCCGCUAUCGCCAGCAGGACUCAGGUCGCCGUGGACCCCACGGGGGCCGCCUGCAGUCCCCCCAGUUAGUU